CGCGGCUGACAGAGCCUGCGAUACGCCCGCACUGUGCUGGACGGGGAUUUGCGCUUUGAAAACGGCCUCGUUCUAGCUGACGGUGGUAUUGGUGGCAUUGCUGUAGCGGUGAGGACGAGGUCUGAGUGGCAGCGCAUGCACUACCAGCGGAAAGAACGGUUGCGAAUGCAGUAAAUGAUGGGAUAAAUACGGAACGGUUGAGGAUGCCUUGCCGCAGGGAAGAAGAUGCGGCCGUCACGCGUGUCGCAGGGAAGAAUGCGGAUCUCUUGGAAUCCAGUGACCGCGAGAGAGGUGUAUGAUUUAACCCGAAGUGCAGGUGGCGCGAAUUGCAGAAGAAAUGAUCAAGAAACCGACGCAGUUUUCAGUGCUUCACGCUGGAGAUAAACCGCGAAGUGCGGGAAGAAACGAAAGUGCAGUGGCUCCGUCGCGUGACAGCAAGGUAUCUGGAGGUCGGAAUCUGAUUCGCACCAAACGAAUGCUAAUAUGAAAUGUGCACAGUUGCAACUAAAAGAUCAUGUGCAAAUGCACCAUUCCGGAUCAGAAAUUUUCGAUCUCAGCAAGUCAACCUGCAGCGUCCCACCGAGCGACAGUGAAGCCACGCGUUUACCACGGUGUCCAGCAGUUUCCGGCCACACUGGUAUCGGUGCCGUGCCUUAUAGUGGAGGAAGCAGGAGUUCACGUCGCGGGAUAGAGUUUGGAACAUGUUCUGAUGCAAGCAUUGCUUUGCGAAGGACGACAGGAGAGCAAAAGAUGGUCAGCGGCAGCAAUCCCCUCUCACAAAGACGGCACGGUACCGGGUGUGGAGGAAGAGGACAUUUGUUCGGAAUUUGUAUUGCAGGGAACGGGAGGAAACGGAACUGCCAGCUCCAGCCCACCUGCGCUUCGUUUUACUGAAGAGGACCGCACGGAAUUGAUUGCACAUGCAGGUAAGCUGCAAGACGGACUAGCAGAUGCCUGGGGAACGUGUGAAAAUCAUCCAUCCCUUCUCGACGAAGUAGAACUUCUGUGUGGAAAAUUGGAAGGAGCGGAUAGGUUUGGACUACGGAUUUCAACUCCUCUUGCGCUGUGUAGGAGUUUCGUCGCGACCAGUUUGUCAUGCACAACCGCAACCUACUCCUGCAAAUAACAUCGUGUAGCGGCGAUGGCAAGAAGGCGAUGUAGUGCAGUUUUCGUAUUGGGAGAACGAAUAUUACUCGCGUUUCUGAAUCGAGAAGCGGCCGCGAGGGAGGAGGCAGCGGGAAGCGAGCAGAGAUGCUGAUACCGGUAUUUGAGACGACGGGGUCAACCGCGGCACGGCC